AUGGCGAUAACCGGCGGCGAAUCCCCGGGGAGAACCUCCGAGCCGGUAACGGAAGAACCAAACCCGGGUUUCGGGCCGUGGAUGUUGGUCACUCGCAAAAACAGGCGGAAUCUUAGGGAUACUCCUCAAAAAGCUAAAUCAGAAGGGGAAACAAGAAAUAUCAAUGGGGGUGUUCAGACAAAACAAGGAAAGAUUGGGGGUGGGGAUAAGGAAGGAGGAGGCAUGACUGCCUCGUGGUCCCUGGCAUCUCCUUCUGAUACCCAACGGACCUCUGGCCAAGAAAGGAAAGGAGGAUCAGGAAAGAAAGGAGGGGAGGAAGGCAGGAAGGGAAAGGGGACUUACUCCGAAUCCCAGGGCAACGGUAAGGGGAUCUUGGGCUCUGGCCCGGAGAAUAAAAUGAACGCGAGGAGUGGGCCUAAAGACCAGGCCCAAGCAUCAACGUCAGCCCAAUCGUCAGAUAAGCCGAGUACUCCAACGAAGCCCAAACCCCUGGCUUUGGUCGGCUCCCAGCAAAUGGGCUUGGCCAAGACUUCUCUGAAGCCCGAUACGAAGCCAGUCCAGCAAUCAAGCCCACCUACGGUCCAAACGAUCACGGGAGAGAAUGGAACAAUUAUGCAGAUUGUUCAUCUUCAACCAAAACCAGUGGAACGCCCAACCUCCCAGGUACCUGCUGUUCCUUCAUCAACCAAGGACAGGACAAAACGAGGGAAGGCAAAGCAGGCGGAUCAUCGUAGAACUCCCACGAAGCUAAGCCCGCUGAGAGGGCUGCAUAUAGGAACUCCGAAGAAGGAGCGCAGGUCCAAAUCCAAAGGACGAAUUGCGGCGCUGACGAUGCAAGAAAUCGCAGCCUGGACCUCGGCGGCCAAUUCGACGACGGGGAACACGGAGGGAGGCGCAAGGGCCGGUUCGCGGGAGGAGCAAGCGGUGAAUCCUUCACAGACCGCCCUCGACAUCUCGAUUCCUUGA